AAUUUUCAGAUGACUUAUGAUUGUUUAACAAAAUAAUGUCUAAUUAUUCCACAAGUUAAUUUUUUUGAAAACAUUUUUUUUACAAUAUUUUAUUGGCGUUAUGAAGAUUUUUCAUAAAAUACACUUUGCUUUUUGAUGACAAGAACCCAAUUAUAAAAAUAUAGUUCAUACAUUUGGAUGAUUUUAAAAAUAGUGCAAAGAUUUGAAGUAAUGCUUUGGUUAUUUGUCUUUGCUAAUCUUUUCUUAUGUAAUGCAAAAAGCAAAAGAAAUAACUUUGAUUUCCAAAAAGCUAACAAAAGACAAUAUCUUGUAAAACCAGUUGAUAUUAACCAUUGGAGUGGUCCUUAUUUCAACGAACGCCAAACACAAAAUGCAUUCAAAAAUAUGAUUUAUGGUGUCAAUAAUGGAAGAAAACGCGAAGAACUAGGUUUUGAUGCUCGAAAGAUUUUAAACCUUGAUCCCGAAAACUCACUUAGAAGGUUGAACAUAGACGAAAAUCCAGUUGCAGAAACUUUUGCAGGGGAUAGUUCUGAUAGAAAUACUGUAGAAUCUCCUCAGGAAAGAUUAGCAAAUAUGAUAUCUAAACCAAUAAUACAUUAUGAAUACAGUCACGAUGAUCCAAAAUGGCGCGUUAAAGAGAAGUUGAAUAAAAUAAGAAAAGAAUACAGUGAUAAACGUCGCUAUGAAAACAAUAUUUAUAAAAAUUCAAUUCAAAGUGAGGAUGAAAAUGAGUAUAAACAAAAAAUGUAUGAAACUCCUUUUAAAAGAAACAAUAAAUUGUCUAAUGAUUUUUACGGAAGAAAUCUUGGAGUUACUCUUUACGAAAGUGAUAAAAUGGGGAACCAAAAAAAUAGUUUUAACGAUGAUGUAAAUGGAUUUAAAAAAUAUAUACCUCAUCACGAAUCUUCAAGCAACAAUGCUAUUGUUAACCUUAUUUUGGCAGAAAAAGCUUCAAGAAGAAGAUUUCCUGAAAAGGAAGAAACUGAAAACUUUCAUUUAUUUAAAACUGUUCCCUUUUUUAAACGAAAAACUCAUGUUGGCAAUGAAAUAAAUGAAAAUUUUAACCAGUUGGGAAAAUUUGAAAAAUUAAAUGACGAACGAAAUUAUUACUCGAAGGAUGAAGACACGAAAACUCAUCAUAACAGACUUGAAGAUGAACACUCCGUUGAUCAGUUUUUACAAAGUGAUAUGGGCUUAAGUAAUUAUCAUCUUAUAGAAAAAGAAAAUGGAAACGAUCGCGACGAACCUGAUAAUAAUCGGGAAGAAUUUAAUAAUAAUCGUGAAGUGAAUAAAUUAUUAAAACAUGACAGUUUCAGCCGAAUUUCAAAUCCAUAUGAAACAGAAAACAGCUUAAACGAAUACAAGAGCAACACUGCACAUGCGCAAAAUUCUCUAAAAAGGUACCACAACUCAAAACGUUCUACACUACUAGCCAAUCACGUUGUAACAAAAAAAAAUAAAAUCAAUAAACGAAAACUGAAAAAAAAAACAACGGCUGAACAAAAAGUCUCUAAAAAAUUUAAUGUUGAAAAUUCUAGCAGUAGCAGUAGCAAAAGAUGGAGCACGUUUCAACCAAAUGAAAUGUUUCAAAGACAUCCAAGCGAUUUUUACGGAGAGCAUUCCCAAAACAAUAUCCAAAUGAUUGGUGGAAGGUAUGAACCCAAUAAUAAUUGGAACAGGUUAAAUGAAAAUGACUACAUUACAAACACAGGAUUUGAAAAUGCACAUUCACCCGUAGAGGCUGGUUAUAUGGGCAAAAACGAUCUUGAUGUUGAAAUGUCUCUUCAACCAAUUAUUCAAAAUGCUUACCCAGGAGAAAUAUCAAAUCAUAAAGAAAAAAUGGAGUAUGGAGAAAAACUUCAGAGUCUUCAAUCUCAUGAUCACUCUGGCGGUAAACUCACAGAUGAUAUUUGGGCACACGAAUUUAACGCAAACGAGGUUGGACGUAACCACCAAAGUAGGCAUGGAAAAUUAAUGGGAUUUUUCGGAAACUCAGACCAAGGUGCACUUCUUCCUGCAGAAACAUUAGAUGGCAUUGCUGCUAAUUGGGAGCAUGCCCAUCAAAACGUGCAUUACGAAAAUUUACCUCAUAACAAAGGUGGAGGGCACAUUAUUCAAGCUAUUCAGGAUGAUCCGAUGAUUGACUCGCAAUUUUCAACAUUUGGAAUUGGAUUGGUAAUGGAUAAACAUCGUCAUGAUUCUAAGCAUCAAAACAAUGCUGCCAAUACGCAUUUACUUCCAGAUAGCAUGCAAGGGUCGCACUUAAUGCACGACGCAGAUUACGAGCAACAACUACAUAACUACAUGCUGUUAAACAACGAAAACAUUCCUGAUGACUCUCACCAUCAAGAAAUGUCAACUGAUGAGUACCAGAAUCACAUCAAUGAUCUUAUGAUGAAAUACAAGCCUUUGAUGGAAAAAGCUCACGACGGCUCGGAUGUUUCCAGCUACUUGUAUCAAAGUUUAAUUCCACAUCACAAACCAAAACAUCCUCACCCAGGAUACGACUAUUAUGCGUUUAAAAAUCCUUGGUCAAACAUGCAAAUACCAUACCAUAUACCAGUUGAGAAUCACCCAUUAGAAGAUGAACUUAAAGAAACGACAACAGAAAUAACGACCGAAGCAAAGCCUGAUUUUAUUGAAGGAAAACCUGAGUUGGUUUUUCCAAAACUAGUUGAAGCGAAAACUGAUUUUGUGGAAGCUAAAACGGAGUCUAUUGAAGCAAAACCAGAACUAAUGUUGGCAAAACCUGAAUUUUUGGAGGCAAAACCUGAACUCAUUGAAGCGAAACCUGAACUCGUAGAGGCAAAACCAGAGCUCAUCGAGGCAAAACCUGAGCAUAUUUUGGAAAAACCUAAAAUUAAGGAAGCAAAAGCUGAACUCAUAGAAGCAAAACCUGAGCUUCUUAAAGCCCAACCAGAACAUUUUAAAGAGAAUUCCGAAGCAAUUACAAGUUCUAAUCUUUUAAAGGAAAACCUCCAAACAGCUGGAGUAGGAGAUGAAAACAGUUCUGAACCAAAAACCGAAAAACUAAAUAAUAAAGAAGCAGGCAACGUUAACAAAUCAAACGAAAUUCAAAAAAGUGAAAAUAAGCCAACUGAAAAAGAACCUUUGAAACCAAAUUUGGGUGUUAAAUCACCAUGGGGAGAAGCGCCUUCAAAAAUUCCUUUGCAACACCAUCGCUCAAAUACAGAUAUAUUGUUUAGUGAUCCUAGUCCUAUAAUCCAAGCUUACAACCAAUUAAAUUUGCUAGUUCCGGCUGCACUGCAAAUCAAGGCUUUACAAGAACAACUCAAAGAAGUUAAACAAAAGUCCGCUUUGCAAAUUGCUUUAUUGGAAAGUAAAAAUAAAAACGCUUCAAAAUCUGAGAAAGAUGCUUCUUUACAAAUAACUCCUAACAAAGCAAUGUUUAAUGUUAACCCAGCUGAGAGGCUUACUUCUGAAGCAGGAUUGUUAUCACCUUCAAUAAUACAGGAACUUGUAGCUCAGGCAAAGAAUAUUAGGCCCACCGGUGAUAUAAAGUCAGGAUUGGAAACUUCAAGUAGCUCUGAAAAUAAAGAAAAAACUUUGUCACAAGCAAACUUAAUUCAACCUUCAGUUGCUCAAAAAGCAUUGUUAAAGCUAAUAAAUGCUGCAGUAGAUUCUUCUUCUAAACAACAAUAUAAAGACCAAAAAGAUGAAGCUUUAAAGCAAUUAAAUUUACAGACUGAUCAGUUGAAGUUGCUUGCAUUAAUCAAAAAUCUUCAACCUAGUAGUGCUACUGCAAUAGAAAAAGAACAUUUAAAUAGUAUGUUAAAUCAGAUAGCAUUAAAUAAACAUUUAGACUUGGCAACUAGUGCUGCUGUAUCACCACCUGCUGACAUUAACUCCAUGUUGUUAAAAAUUGUUUUAAAGCAGCAAAAUCCAAAUUUAAAUGUUAUUAAGUCAAAAGGGGUUUCAUUACUUCAAAAUGGUAAUGAAGUUUUAAACGUUUUUGAUAAAGAAAAAAAUAAAGGCUUUGCAAAACAAAACAGUUCAGAAGUAAUUCGUUUGCUGAUUGAAAAAUUACAACACAAAAAACAUAAAAAAUCAAAAGAUUUUGAAAAUCCAUAUGCAAAGAUUGGAUAUGUUGGAAAACGAGGACCACAAUCAUCACAGCAAGAAUCAAGCAAUGACGAAAUAACUAACAUUGGCACGAGUAAUGAAGCCAGUAUUAUUAAUGGUACUUCUUUUAACAAGAUUUUACAAUCGGUUAAUCUUCACUAUAACGAAGAUGAUGAAAACGAGGCAAAGUCAAAAAUAAGUGUUAAAAAAAGCAAAACGGCGGAGAAAAAUAAAAAUAAACCAAAAGAAAAAAUGACUCAUUUAGAAAAUUAUAAAAAAUAAAACUUCUUUUAUAAAGAACAUUUAGGAUGUAAAAUACGCGUUUGUAGAAUUAAUACUUUCAAAUUAAUGUAAAGAAAUCUGAAAAAUUAGAAAGAUGCACAAUAAAGAAACACAAAAUAAUCAUAUCCAUAAAUCUACAGGAAUGUUGAUCCGAAGCAUGAUCCGAAAUUAAGCAUGAGUUUAAAAAGAACACUAGAAAAAAGUUAAUGUAUUAAAUGUUAUGUACUAAAAUUAUUAUAUA